UCAAAUCCCCUCUCCUCGUCGUCAUCGUCGUCCCCACCGAAACCGCAGUACCGUACCCGCGCCGACGCGAGCACGAUGGCCGCCGCGGGCCCGGCCUCUUCCUACUUCGCCGGCUCGGCCAUCCUGCCGUCGCAGCGCGCCGCCGCGGCGCCCGACAAUUCCGCCGUCGUCACCUCUUCUCCGGCCAAGUCGCGUGACCCCCGCUUCUCCGGAUGCGCCCCCACCACCGUGCGUCACAUCGCCCGCUCCUUCGCCGCCGCCGAUGCCACUGGUGGCGGGGACCCUGUCAUCUACAUCGACGGCGUCGACGCCACCAACGUUUGGAUUCUGGGGAGGGUGGUGAGCGUGGUGAACAUGGAGGCUGGCGUGUCAUUCACGCUGGACGAUGGCACCGGGAGGAUCCCGCUUGUGCGGUGGAUCACUGACGAUAUUGAUGCUAAGGAAGUGUCUUUCGUCCAGUAUGUAUAUCUGAUGAAUGGUUUAUACCUCAAGGUUCAAGUUACUCUCGUAGGGUUUCGAGCUAAGCAGCAUGGUUUUGCUCGCUCUAUUAGGCCUGUUACCAAUUUCAAUGAAGUGGUGCUGCACUUCAUUGAGUCUAUGUAUGUGCAUUUGGUAAAUGUCUGGCCAAAGACGCAAGGUCAAUUCCCUCGCACUGUUCAAGCAAAUGCGUCUACUCACGAGAUGCAAGCUCAAGUCGCUCACACAGUUCAAACAAAUGCACCUGCUUAUAUGCCCUUCUCUGGUGGAGUAAGAGAGCACCAAGUUGGUUUUGGUCCUGAUGUAAACCAAGGGCGAUUCCCUUCAUCAGUUCAAACAAACACAUCUACUCAUGUACCCUUUUCUGGUGGAGUUAGAGAACAACAAGUUCACUUUACUCCUCAACCAAACCAAUUUUCAGCUUACCCAGGUACUGGUGGACAACAGCAUGAUCUACAGAAUAUGGUUUUGGAGGUUAUGCAACAACCAGAUAUACUUGCACUUGAAAAUGGAGUACAUGUUGAUGAAGUGGCAAGGAGACUUGGAAUGUCAAGAGCACAAAUUAUGGUCACCGCCCAGCGUCUGGUUGAUUUGGCCUGCCUCUAUUCCACUAUUGAUGACUAUCAUUUCAAGUCUCUUUUAAAUGGUUGAUCAAUGUUAUCAUCUUCAAGACUAGUAUAGUGGCAUUUGAGAUUACUGGCAGUUUUUAGGUACUGAAUAGCAUUCGUGUAUAUGCUUUAAGUAUGCACAUCUAGUACAUGCAUUUUUCUUUGUACAGAGCACUGAGCACCCGUUUUUAGUUGCCAAGCAAGUUACUCAGACUGUCAGGCAUGCAAACCGGUUAGAAACUUAAAAUGUCAGACCAUUGGCAUGCUGCAGUUGCUGGAUGGAUAUGCUUAGUACUGUUUACUUGUUUUUUAUUCUACUGGAAAUCUGGAAUAUACAGUACAAUCUUCUCAUUCAUUUCUUUA